CGCCGCGCUGGGGCCGGGCCGGGGCUCGCAGGGUCCUUGGCCGGCAUGAUGGAUGCCCUGCAGGAGGUGAGUUGGGACAAUGGGAGCACGGCUCCACCCCCGCCCCUGGCACCGAACAUCAGUGUGCCCCACCGCUGCCUGCUGCUGCUCUACCAGGAUAUCGGCACCUCCAGGGUCCGGUUCUGGGAUCUCCUGCUGCUCAUCCCCAAUGUGCUCUUCUUCAUCUUCCUGCUCUGGAAGCUUCCAUUUGCUCGGGCCAAGAUCCGCGUCACCUCCAGCCCCAUUUUCAUCACCUUCUACAUCCUGGUGUGUGUGGUGGCGGUGGUGGGCAUGGCCCGGGCCGUGGUGUCCAUGACCGUCAGUGCCUCGGACGCGGCCACCGUGGCUGACAAGGUCCUCUGGGAGAUCACCCGCUUCUUCCUGCUGGCCAUCGAGCUGAGCGUGGUCAUUCUGGGCCUGGCGUUUGGUCAUUUGGAGAGCAAGUCUAGCAUCAAGCGAGUGCUGGCCAUCACCACUGUGCUGUCGCUGGCCUAUUCUGUCACCCAGGGGACGCUGGAGAUCCUGUACCCGGACGCCCACCUCUCAGCCGAGGACUUCAACAUCUAUGGGCACGGGGGACGCCAGUUCUGGCUGGUCAGCUCCUGCUUCUUCUUCCUGGUCUACUCUCUGGUGGUGGUCCUCCCAAAGACCCCGCUGAGGGAGCGUGUCUCCCUGCCCUCCCGGCGCAGCUUCUACGUGUAUGCAGGGAUCCUGGCGCUGCUCAACCUGGUGCAGGGUCUGGGAAGUGCGCUGCUGUGCGCCGACAUCACUGAGGGGCUGUGCUGCGUGGACGCCACCACCUUCCUCUACUUCAGCUUCUUCGCGCCGCUCAUUUACGUGGCCUUCCUCCGUGGGUUCUUCGGGUCGGAGCCCAAGAUCCUCUUCUCCUACAAAUGCCAAGUGGACGAGGCCGAGGCGCCCGAGGUGCACCUGCCCCAGCCCUACGCCGUGGCGCGCCGCGAGGCCGCGGAGGCCGCGGGGGCCUCGGCCGCCUGCUACUCCAGCACGCAGUUCGACUCGGCCGGCGCGGCCCACCUGGAGGACGUGGCGUCCAUGCCCUGCCAGGCGGGCAGCGUGCGCAGCACGGACAGCGAGCGCUGGAGGGCGCUCGACGCCUGAGCCCCGCGCGCGGGCUGGACUGGGCCCCCCCACGAGCGAGCGCC